CCAUGCUCUGUCGGAACUGAAACCCGGAGUGAAGAACUGGAAUGUCUGCGUUCAUGUCUCCCACCUCUGGGAAUACCGCGGUGGCACCGACACUGGUCCGGUGCAACAUGUAGACAUGGUUCUGGUCAAUAACAAGGGAAAUGCUAUGUACGCUGAGAUAGGAAAGGAUGACUUGGAGCAUAAAGCUCCGCUAUUGGCUGACGGCAACACAUACACUCUGACCAGAUUCAUGGUGUCGCUUGCCACACUAUUGUGGAAGCAGUGGCUGACAUCCAAGAUGGCUUUCUGGAGUUCGUGUACGACCCUAUUCCGUUUCUGGACCUCGCAGCCUAUGUGGGAGAGAACAAGCGCUUUAUAUUGUUGGGUCAUAGUGCAUCAGUUACUUAAGUUCAUUGCAAAAUUUUCAGAACAUCCAAAUGGCAAGGUAUUGCUAUGGAAAAUGGGAAUUGCACGGGUUCUUAAUAAGUUGCUAAAGAACUGCAGCAACGCAUCUUACUUGGAAGAUAAAGCGAUCUCUGAAAGAGGAGCCUACAGAAGUGACCAACUUAUGCUCAAAUGGAGGAUUCCCUUAUUCAGAUGUCUCGCAUCUAUCUUCAGUGCCCAGCCAUCUGGCAAAGAGCAGACUGCUAUUGAAGAGUCCUCAGAGAAUGCUAGCGUUGAGGAGUGCUCUUCUAUCAUGCAUCACCUCUUGGUCUUAUGCCAGGCUCUCCCUAUAUUCCUUGACAGGAUUUUCAAUCCUGUUCUUGCAAUUAUAUUGUCAGUGACAUUUGUUCUUGCCUUUGGGGAGGUUGUACCUCAAGCAAUAUGUACCAGGUAUGGGCUGGCAGUGGGUGCUAGCUUUGUUUGGCUCGUACGCAUCGUCAUGUUCAUUGCCUAUCCUAUUGCUUACCCUAUUGGGAAGGUAAAUCAGCAAAGUCACAUUACUCAAUAGAAAAGUGUUAAUUUGUACUGUAUCAUAAUCGUUUGAAGCUUAUCCAGUGGCCUAGAUUUUGAAUUCCAAUGAAUUAGACUAUUAUUAUGAGGCCUGGGCUCACUGCUCUUUGGUGCCAUUGUUGAUGGACAAGGUCAUGAAGUGAUAUUUUGGUUACACUUCUCUAAUUAGGAGAUUUUGGUAA